AUGGCGUUCCAAAACGAAGUCGACGACGAGGUCGAGUUCCUCCUGGCGCCCUUCCGCGACAUUGUCAGCAAGGCCAAGGAUGCGGCUGAGAAUGCUGGCGAUGAACAGCCGUCGAUGCGCAAAGCGGCCGAGACUCUCUGCAAAGAGGGCCAGCGCGCGUUGAAUCGUCUUGAGCCGCUCUGCAGCAAGAUCGCUAGCCAGCACGGGGUCGCUUUCACGAGGGCCAUAAAGGCAAAUGAGGACAUUGGCAAUUACAACAUGGAGCUUACAGAUCUUCUCUGGAGCUUCGACGACUACACCGCUAUAGAGACCUUUGACCAAGGACAGUACACGCAGCUUCAAGCACUCUGUCGAAAUGUCGCACCCAAGAUUUACAAUAUCCUGGUGCAGAAGAAUAUUGAGCUUUUGUCAAAGAUGUCAGACCCAGACUCGCUGCUGCACAUUGUCCCGGAAUCGCCGCCCACAUCACCUUUGUAUCCCAUGUCGCCGUCUUCAUAUACUUGGCAGCUAGAUAGUAAAACGAACCCCGAGCCACUGAUAUUGACAAGUCCAUCGUGGGGUGGUAGCCCGGCAUCUCGUGCCAGACAGAGCCAGCCAGGCCGUCUUACACACUCAAACACGGCGUACUCGAGCUCUACCACAGCCCCGGAGUUGGCAGUGGGCAAUCCGAGGCGUCAAUCUUUCAGCAGUGGCCAGUCUUCGGCGUCGUCCUCAAGCCCGUCAACUCGCAGCAAUCCAAGGCGGCCAACUCUGCCGAUUCGAACGCCGGAGGAAUCAAGUGUAUAUCCUGGCCAGCACUGGUCAUUGCCCCAGCACCUACCAUCUCGCGAAGCCUACGAAACCUAUCCCCAAUCAAGCCAUCUGUCUAUUUCUGAAAGCGUGUCAACCCAGGAAGCCUCGCCGAUUUAUGCCCUGGCAGGACGCCAACCUCCGUCCAAAGCCGUUCCGCCGACCCCAGCAGAUGGCUUGCCGCCCAGCAACUGUGUCAUUGAUGAAUCCAGUUCUAUUUACCAGUACAAGGGGUUUUGCUCCGGCGCAAAAGAGGUUCUCAAGGGAAACAGCGGCGUGAAGCGGAAGCAAAAGCCUGUACAGAGGACGCUGUCGCGCGUAGUCGCAAAAUGUACCGGCUGCGCCUGGGAGUUGGACUACGAGCACAUCGAAAACGACCAAUCCAACAGAGAAAGCGGCACCAUGACCAGGCACGAUGUGCAUUUCCGGCUGCGGUUUCUGCAAAAGAGCCACGUUGCCGUGAAAAGAGCCGACGACAGGCUAUACGGAUGUAUUUUCUGCGUUUGCAGCGGGCACACCCUGGAAGAGAGCGACGCGACCAUCUUCUUCUCGGCGGAUGACUUGUUGGCCCAUCUCGCACGACAUGCGCGGCCGUUGCCCGUGAUUCCCGGCAUUGCCGUCGUGUACGGGACAUGUGUGCCGCCGCACCUACAAAACAACCACGACUUGCAUUUCAGAGUCGCCCCCAAGCCGAAUCCAGUACAUGCGGACAGCGCGGAAAUCAACGGCCGGCCAACUGGCGUAGCCAUGAGGGAGGUUCGAAGAGACGAGGCGCAGCGAAGGAUUGUAACCCGCGGCCGCUUAGAGGAGUUGCAAGUGGCGAUGGGAGCCAAGCUCACCGGGAUCAAAUGGCCGCCUCAAUAUAAGGGCCGGAAGGUGUUUGCCUGGCACGACGGCCAUUUCGCCUCUGUCCCGUCGGAUAUUGUCAUGUUGAAUGCCCCCGUGGGCAGCGGCCUCAACGGGGCCGUGAGGACGGCAGUCAGCGCCCGGGCAAAGUGGAAGUUUUCCCCAAAGCACGGCAAGAAUGGGUGGCUCAGGUUUGACAAGGGAGACGCCAUUACCAACAUUAGCUGUGGGUUUUCUUGGGAGAUGCGGCAUCGUGAAUGGGACGCUGAUCUGGGGAAUAGGGCAACAUCCCGACCACUGGUGUUGGUGCGGUACGACGAGAAGCGGCACUUGGGGCAUAUUCCCGCAGGCGUUUCUUGA